GUGGAGUUGGAUUUGUGAACCCAAAACGGGCCUAGUGGAAGCCCAGUCAUACUAAACGAAGGAAUGCCCUUCUUCGGUGGAAAUUGUUAAUUGUCAAUUACUUCCGCCCCAGGAGCCAAGAGGAGAAACCACUAAAAGCCUAAAACCCUUUUUCAGUUUCUAACCCUAGAGGCCGAAGAGAGCGAGCUUCAAUGGCAAAAUCUUCCAUCUCCCUGGAGAAGGUGAAGGAGUUCUGGAACUCCCAAACGCAAAACGAGGAAAAAUGGGCUAUGAACAUGAAACUGUUGCGAGCUGCUGGACUUUUUGCUGGGUCGAUCUUUUUGAUGCGCAAUUUUGGAGAUCUCAUGGCCGUUUGAGUAGGGACACAAAUGCUUCAGUUGUGGUAUUCUCUCAUUUUCUUUUAAAAUGAGAAAACCAAAUGGGACUUUUUUUAUUUGGUUCCACCAAAUGAGACUUAUAUAGGAUUGUAAUAAGUAUUCAAAUUUUGGAAAGUUUACAUGAGGUUUAAUACUGGUUA